AUGCCAGUUCCCAAGAAGGGCAGUGCUACUGUAUUGGGCGCCAGUCCUGCAAGUGUAGCCGAGCCUGUAGCUGAAGUGGAAGAAAAGGUGGAGAAACUGGACGUGAACGACAAUCAGGAGGCAGGUGUCGAAGAAGCCGAUGUUGAAACGGGGGAGAAAGCUGAGGAGGAGAAGAGCCAGGAGCCCGAGAAGACCAAGGUGGAGGAGGUGGAAGACGAGGACACUUUUACGGAAGCAGAGGUGAGCGACGAGGACCCUCGCGAGCAUCUGAACGUCGUGCUGAUUGGCCAUGUUGAUGCCGGCAAGUCGACGCUCUCGGGCAACCUGCUGUAUCUCAUGGAUAUGGUGGAUAAGCGGACCAUCGAGCGCUACGAGCGCGAAGCCAAGCAGCGCAACCGUGACAGCUGGUUCCUAGCGUACAUUAUGGAUACGGGUGAGGAAGAGCGGACGAAGGGCAUCACCGUCGAGGUCGGGCGCGCCCAUUUUGAGACUGAGAGCCGUCGUUUUACGAUCUUGGAUGCACCGGGACACAAGAAUUACGUGCCUAACAUGAUCCAGGGUGCAUCACAGGCCGAUGUCGGCCUGCUUGUGAUUUCGGCGCGCAAGGGCGAAUUUGAGACGGGCUUUGAGCGAGGUGGACAGACGCGUGAGCACGCCAUGCUGGCGAAGACGCUGGGGAUCAACAAGCUUAUCGUCGUUAUCAACAAGAUGGACGAGGCAAAGUGGGAACAAGAGCGGUUCGACGAGUGCGUCAACAAGCUUCGUCCGUUUUUGCGCACGUGUGGCUUUGCUGUAAAGCGUGAUGUGGCAUUCAUUCCCGUCUCUGGUCUGCAUGGCGAUAAUGUCAAGGUGCCGCUUGACAAGGCUAAAGCCCCGUGGUAUGAGGGCGACUCACUCAUUGACUACAUGGACAAGAUGCACAUUGUCAACCGCAAUCCGGAUGGACCUUUGCGUGUGCCGAUCUUGGAUCGUUACUCUGAGCGUGGCACGAUUGCCCUGGGAAAGGUGGAGUCAGGUGUGUUGAAGACAGGCCAGAAGGUGGUGCUGAUGCCCACGAACACGCCGGCAGUGGUGAACCAAGUGUUUAUCAAUGAACUGCCCGUGCGUACGGCCAAGCCUGGUGAGAACGUGACCAUCCGCCUGUCCAGCGGUCUUGACGAAGUGCAAAAAGGCUUUGUGCUCAGUGGCGUCAAAGAGGAGAACCCGCCGCGUGCUAUUCACGCGUUUGCCGCGCAAAUUGCUCUCGUGGAUACGUUGGAGCACCGUCCGUUGCUGACGGCUGGUUACAAGUGCAUUUUGCACAUCCACACCGUUGCCCAGGAGUGUGUUGUUGCGAAGUUGCUCCGUCCAAUUGACCCGAAGACAGGUAAGCCGGUGAAAAAGCACGUGGCUUUCAUUAAGCAGGGCCAAGCUGUCGUGUGUCGGAUCGAGGUGGAGCAGAGCAUCACGAUUGAAACGUUCGCCACCAUGCCUCAGCUCGGCCGUCUAACUCUUCGUGACGAGGGCAAGACAAUUGCCAUCGGCAAGGUGCUGGCACUGGAGAAGUAA